GCCUAUAGACCUAAGUGGAUGGACACUGUCUAUUAGAACUGGGCUAUUUUAUCUCAGAAAUUUUCCACUGUUGCUGAAGUGCCUCACUGAGUAUAUAUCAGGCAUUUUAACCUGCUAAAGACAAGAAGAAGCAUUUGCCACAUAGUUCCAAAGGUCUUCCACUUCCCGCAGCCGUCAGAGAAGGCAAAAUGAUCGAACCCAUUGGAAAUCAGUACAUUGUGGCCAGGCCAGUGUAUUCUGCAAACGCUUUUGCGGAAGACCAUAAGAAGAAACUGAGAUAUCAUAAGACGUUUCUGGAUAACCUCAAAGUGUGUUGUAGCUGUUCCACACAAAAGGCCAAGAGAAUUGCCCUCUCUUUGUUCCCCAUAGCAUCUUGGUUACCAGCUUACCGGAUCAAGGAAUGGCUGCUCAGUGACAUUGUUUCUGGAAUCAGCACGGGGCUGGUGGCUGUACUGCAAGGUUUAGCAUUUGCUCUGCUGGUCUCCAUCCCCCCAAGCUAUGGGUUGUAUGCAGCUUUUUUCCCAGUGAUAACCUACUUUUUCUUGGGCACUUCUAAACACAUAUCUGUGGGUCCAUUUCCUGUUCUGAGCAUGAUGGUGGGAGCAGUAGUUUUGAGAUUAGUUCCAACCACCAGUACAAUGUCUCUGGACAUCUUUAAUAGCUCAAUGAGCAAUGACUCAUCAACGGAUGAGUAUAAGGUGAUGGUGGCUGCAACGGUCACAGUCCUUUCUGGAAUCAUUCAGUUGGUCAUGGGGGUUCUGCAGUUCGGGUUCGUGGUGAUUUACCUAUCUGAAUCCCUAAUCAGUGGUUUCACCACAGCUGCUGCUAUUCAUGUUUUGGUUUCCCAGCUCAAAUUUAUUCUUCAGCUCCAAGUCCCAGCACACACUGAUCCAUUUUCAAUUUUCAAAGUACUAAAUUCUAUAUUCUCACAAAUUGAGAAAACUAACAUUGCAGACCUUGUGACAUCCUUGAUUAUCCUAUUGAUUGUAUUUGUGGUUAAAGAAAUAAAUCAGCGCUACAAAGCCAAACUUCCAGUGCCCAUCCCGAUUGAGCUCAUCAUGACUGUGAUCGCCACAGGUGUAUCCUAUGGUUUUGACUUCAAAAACAGGUUUAACGUGGCUGUGGUUGGGAAGAUGCAAAGUGGAUUUCAGCCUCCUAUCACGCCAGACAUACAGAUUUUCCAGGAUACCAUUGGAGACAGCUUUGGCAUUGCCAUCGUUGGCUUUGCGGUGGCCUUUUCAGUCGCCAGCGUCUAUUCCCUGAAAUAUGAUUACCCAAUUGAUGGCAACCAGGAGUUAAUAGCCUUGGGAGUGAGUAACAUAUUCGGAGGAUCCUUCAGAGGGUUUGCAGCAAGUACCUCCCUCUCCAGAUCAGGGGUUCAGGAGAGCACCGGAGGCAAAACACAGAUUGCUGGGCUUCUCUCUGCCAUCAUCGUGCUGAUUGUCAUUGUAGCCAUUGGAUUUCUUCUGGAGCCACUGCAAAAGUCUGUCCUGGCAGCUUUAGCUCUUGGAAACUUAAAGGGAAUGCUGAUGCAGUUCGCGGAGAUAGGAAGAUUGUGGCGAAAGGACAAGUAUGAUUGUCUGAUCUGGAUCAUGACCUUCAUUUUUGCCAUCGUCCUGGGACUCGGUCUAGGCCUGGCAGCUAGCGUAGCAUUUCAGCUCCUGACCAUCGUGUUCAGGACCCAAUUCCCAAAAUGCAGCAUUCUGGCUAAUGUUGGAAGGAGCAACAUUUAUAAGAAUAAAAAAGACUACUCUGACAUGUAUGAACCGGAAGGAGUGAAAAUUUUCAGAUGUCCAUCUCCUAUCUACUUUGCAAACAUUCAGUUCUUUAAGCAGAAACUUACCGAUGCUGUUGGCUUUAAUCCACUACGAAUUUUACGCAAGCGCAACAAAGCCUUGAAGAAAAUCCGAAAACUGCAGAAGAAAGGCCUUCUACAAGUGACACCGAAAGGAUUUAUAUGUACCAUUGAUGGCUUUAAAGAUUCUGAGGAUGAGCUGGACAGCCAUCAGAUUGAAGAACUGGAUCAGCCAAUCAAUCUCGCAGACCUGCCCUUCCAGAUCGACUGGAACGCUGAUCUUCCCGUCAACAUUGUGGUCCCAAAAAUCAGCCUGCACAGCCUCAUUCUUGAUUUUUCAGCAGUGUCAUUUCUUGACAUUUCUUCUAUGAGGGGUCUCAAAAAGAUUUUGCAAGAAUUUAUGAGGAUCAAAGUAGAUGUGUAUAUUGUUGGAACUGAUGACGAUUUCAUUGAGAAGCUUGUGCAGUGUGAAUUUUUUGAUGAUGAAGUCAAGGACUCAAUAUUUUUCUUAACAAUCCAUGAUGCCAUUCUGCAAAUUUUGAUGAAGAAGGAUGACAGUACCUCCAAGUUUAAUUCCAGUCAGGGAAAAGAUGCAAAAUUUGAUUUUACCAUAAAUACAAAUGGAGGAUUACGUAAUCGGGAAUGUCAGGUACCAGUUGAAACGAAAUUCUAAUCAAAAUAUAAUCCAGAAGGAUUUUCAUCUGACAGUCACAUUAAAAAAAAAUUCAUACUCAGAAAGUUAUUGAUAAGUUCAUACAUUGUAUGAAGAAUAUUUUUGACAGAAUUAUGUUUCAAACUUUGGAACAAGAUUGUUCUAGCAUGGUAUAUUUUUCACAUAUCUAGCAUAAAAUUAUGUAAAUACUCUUAAUUUUAUACCUUGUAGAUUUACCAAAGGAAGAAAAUUAUUUUGUUUAUAUGUAUUUUUAUAGCACUAACAGAUUUCCAACCAACUCACUAUCUUUGUGCAUGUUUUGCCGUGUCUUUAUACCAAUGCUUUGAAUCUCGUAACUUAUACAGUUCAUAUUAAUAUAUCCCCAUUUAAAAAAAUUCA